UGGUCACCUUGGCCAUGUCCCCCCUGUCUGACCAGCUCUGAUGAGUUUGGCAGCCUGGGCUGGGUGUGAGCUGUGCUGGAGGGACAGCCAGCCCCGCCGGCUGCAGCCCUGGGAGAGGAACGCUACAAAUCCAGGGUGUGGAUCUGGCAGCUCCAGUAACACCUCUGGGAGAUGCUGAGAUUAUAGCACAAAUUCAGGGAUGCUUGGCUCCCAACUGUGCAGCUUUGUGUGAGCCCAGGACAACCCCAACAGGGUGGCAGAAAGGCAUGUGCUGCAAAACAAAUCUGCAAAAUGGAGAUUUCAGUGGGGCUGGGGACUUCGUGCCUUCCAGGCAAACUCCCACUGCUCUGCAAGCAAAUUCUUCACACUGUUGCAUUCUGUGACAGACCUUUUUACUGAGGUUUCCCCCUUCUGUGAGUGGUGACCACUCAUUCCUCCCCGUGCCCCUCUUCUCCCAGGCUGAGUGAGGAUGGCUAACCCCGUGUUUGAAGGGAGCAAGGGCUACAGCCGAGCCCCCGAAGGGCUUCAGCUGAGCCCGUCCACUUGCCCUUGUGCUGACCCUCCCCUCCUCUCCCUCCUGCCCUCAGCAUGAAGCUCUCCUGCCUGCUGGGAGCUCUCCUUGUGCUGCUGUCCGGGAGCAGUGCGGGCACGGAGGCCUCAGCCGUGGAGCUGCGGACGUUCGUGGGCUGCGCCGUGAGGGAGUUCUCCUUCGUGGCCAGGAAACCGGGCUGCCGCGGCCUGCGCGUCACCACCGACGCCUGCUGGGGCCGCUGCCAGACCUGGGAGAAGCCGAUCCUGGAGCCGCCCUACAUCGAGUCCCACCACCGCAUCUGCACCUACAACGAGACCAGGAUGGUGACGGUGAAGCUGCCGCGCUGUGCCCCCGGCGUGGACCCCUUCUACACCUACCCGGUGGCCAUCCGCUGUGACUGCGACCUCUGCUCCACCGCCACCACCGAGUGUGAGACCUUCUGACCGCCCAGCUCAGCCCGGGAGGGGAUGAACCCUCCCCCAGCUCCACACCCCUGGUCCCUCCGGUGUUCUGGAGGGUGUGAACCUGCCCAGAAUCUGAUCUCGCCCUGCAAUGCUCCUAAUCACUGACUCUUCUGGGCAGGUGAGGCUUUAUCCCCUCUCCUCCUGCUGCUCAAAGUGUUAUUGCUGUAGAAACCCUCAGCCUUACAACAGCAAAUCCCGUGGUGAGAAGAAAUGCUGCAGUUUCCCUUCCUCGUGAGCUUUUCACUCUGUGUGACCUUUCUCCCUGCAAAAAGUGCACAUGGACAGAGCAGCCACUGGGCUGUGGAAACAUCCCACAAAGGCAUUGCCUGCUCCAUAACAGCCUGAUUCAUUUGGGGUUUAGCUUCUUUUCAGCUUCUUCCCAUUGUGCAUAACAUAAAUGCAGUUACCAACUUUUCCACCACCUCCCCUUCCCAGCCCCAUUAGUUAAUCUUACCCUGCAGUCAUUCAGGAAUAACAGUCAAAGAAAAAGGUCUCAAGGUUUCAAAUGAAAUGGAAAUAAGCAUUCAGAUCACUACCUUGAAAUUAGGGGGAAUGCAUACUCAGCCCUGACUCAGCCAAGGACUUAAGCUCAUGAUUAAGUGUUUUGCUUAAUAUCAGUGGACUUUUACAGUUAAGCAUGUAUUUCAUUGCUUUGCUUAAUUGGAGCCAUUUUGUUGGAAAAAAAAAAUCUCACGAGGGACAAUUCCUGAAAAAAAAAGAAAAAAAAUGAAAACACAUUAAAUGUGCAGAACCAUCUGCUUUUGUCCAGGGAUUGGGGGGGAAAUGGCUUCACGUGGAAUCAGUGAGACCCUGCAGAGCCCAAGGCAUCUCUCCUGACAAUUUCCAGAGUCAGAGGACCAAGUCAAAAUGCAAGGAUCAUGGUUGGGUUCCAGCGAGCCCCUGGCUGAGGGGGUGGGAAAGAGGGGGCUGAGGAAGGGUGUUCCCACAGUUCCCUGAGCUGCUCAGCUCCAGGGAGACCUGCUCCUCUGAGGGUGCACACAGAGCUGGGGGACAGCCAGGUGUGCUUGCAGGAAAGCUGUGGAGUGUCCAGUAAUGGUGGGUGAGACAAGUCCAGCACAGGAAAGAGAGCAGACGUUCCACAGGACACUUCACACCUCCUCACACCCACGCUUUACAAACUAGGGGGACACCUGGGGGCUGUGAGCCCCCUGUGACCACAGCCACACAAGAGCCUUUGUUCCCUGGUUCCCACCUGCAGGAGGACACACUCACAUUCAUCCCUCAUUUCUCCCGUGAGCAAAAUGGGAAAUUAAGUGAAAGGAAGAAGAUUUGCCAAGUGGGAGAGGCCCACAGGAGCUCACAAAGCAAAGACACCUUCUCAGAUAGCCAUUAGGAGAGAAUUGCUGCUCAGAGUAAUGCCUGCACCUGUCUCCCCCCACUCAGUGCCUUGUCUCCCGGAUGCAGUCACCUUCAUUUGCAGGGAUGCAUGCUUGAAACUUCCCCAGGUGUCCAGUCCACACU